GUGAAGCAAAAUCUUAACAAUAAUAAUUAUGGUGCGUAAUUAUGUUUUUUAAAUGUCAAAUAUACUUGGGGUUAAGAUAAUAAAAUGACAACAGAAGCAGUUUAUAAAUUUUUGGAAUCACGUCACCGCCCAUUCAAUGUCAAUGACAUCGCAUCAAAUCUUCCUGAAGGAACUAAAAAACCAGCUAUCCAACAGUCGUUGGAUAAAUUAGUAAAAGCGGGAAAAGUAUUGGAAAAAACAUAUGGUAAAAUAAAAAUAUAUUGUAUUGCCCCGGAUUCAACAAAGGAACCACAUGAACUGAUUCGCGUUGACAGAGAACUCAAAGCCCACGCGAAUGAACUUGAGACAAAAUUUCAAAGCCUUGAUAAAGAAAUAAAAUCGCGGGAAGCGACUUUGGCAACUUUGAAAGCUACUCCAAGCUUAGAAGAGGCACAGAGAGAGUAUGCGCUCAUUGAGUCACGAGUUGAGCAGCUGGACAAAAAAUUGAAUGACCUGAUGGCUGCUAAUAAUUCCCAAGACUUGGGUGAGAAGAAGAAAAAAGUACAAAAAAGUUACGAUUUGUAUUCCCGUGAGUAUCAUAAACGUAAAAGACUCUGCACUGAUGUUAUUGAUUCUAUUUUGGAAGGAUAUCCGGGCACUAAAAAAGCGCUCUAUGAUGAGAUUGGUAUCGAUUUAAAGAUUGUCGGUUAAUUGAUGCAUUUUUUUAUUACUAAAUAGAAAGAAAUAUUUUUUAUACUGUAAAAUUAGUAUUCUGUUGUACCUGGAGGCUGUUAAUAUAACAAUAGUAAUAAAAUAAUUAUUUAUUGCUUA